GGCGGGGCUACGUACACUACUGUCGCGUAGGAGCGGUUGCCAUGGUGGACAUGUCUCCUUAGCGACGUUGUUUUAAGUGCAUCGGACUUCAUUUGUCCUUCAUUACGAAGACAACACAAUGGCAGAGACUGCUGACAGCAAGAAAGAUGAGGCAGACUACAAGAGACUGCAUAGCUUCCCUCUUAUACGGCACACAGAUAUGUCUGAAGAGAUGAGGGUAGAGACCAUGGAGCUGUGCGUUACAGCAUGUGAAAAGUUUGCCACUAAUAAUGAGAGUGCUGCUAAAAUGAUAAAAGAGUCCAUGGAUAAGAAGUUUGGAAGCUCUUGGCAUGUGGUUAUUGGCGAGGGCUUCGGUUUUGAAAUCACACACGAAAUGAAGAAUUUACUGUACAUGUUUUUUGGUGGAAGCUUGGCCGUGUGUGUAUGGAAGUGUUCCUAGCCCUCACAAACUGUUCGCCAAACACACAAAACCAACUGGCAAAAACAAAUCUAAAGUUUGUCCUGGACUCUCCAAUUUGAUAAUGGAUGUUACACUUACACACUUUGUGUGUGUUCUCAGAAAAUAUUUUUUUCAUAAAUAUUUUUUCUUUAGUUUUUGUCAUUUCAGUACAGAACAGGGACAUUUUGAAAGUGCUCCUUAUUUUUGCCGAUACUCCAUCUUGUCUGUCUUUUUCUUCUCACCAUCUGUCACAUCUCUGUCCAUCUAUUCCACUUUUUACUCAAUUACAGUUUCUAAAAUCCAUCCUUUUCAUGUUUUCUGACAUAUAAUGUAUUUUUAUAAGAUAAAAUGCUAUUUUUAAUGAAUCUGUGAAUAUGUAUUAUCUGUUUUUAAAACAUCUAAUUUUUUAUAGGCUGUAGUUGUACAUUUUGUACAGCUGUAAAGUUUUUUUUUUUUUAAAUGAAAAUCACUAUUAAUUAUCUUGUGUAAUAAAACCCCAUAAGAAGUGAAGCGUCUGUUUAUUGUAUUCUCUUGU